AUGAGUGUUCCUAGGCGUGUGGUUAAACUCGCACAGUUUUCAGGUUCUUACCUUAAUACAACAUGGACACGAAAGUUUAUUCUUGGCUCCUUGCUACAGCGCUACGAUCCCCUACAGGGAGAUGACACUUUAGUUCCUCCAUCUCCUCAAAAAGUUAAUGAGAGCGCUGCGUUAGACAAGGAGUUAUUGCGUCUUCAACGCACGCUCGCUGAGGUCUGGUCGCUGCCCGUUCAACCUCUCGAUUCUCUGAGUGAAGCUCGUAUUCUUCGCCUUCUUGCACGCUAUGCAGCAGGGGAAGGUGCUCUCGCUACAGAAGCAUUGGAUGAGUUAAACCGUGUCCUUUCUUGUAUUCGUGGGGCUCCACAGCAUGUAGAGGAUCCGCGACAUAUGGAACAUCUUUUACAGGCGUUACAGUAUGUGAAACCGGGUGAUAAUUUGCGGCGUGUGGCGUUUGCCGGUGAUCUUCAUUACCCACCAAGCGCACUGUCGUACAUGCAUGCUCAUCUAGGCGAGGAUGUGCAGCUGGAUGGGGGAGAUCCGUUUGAUUGCAUACGGGAGCAUAUGGACGGCCCGGCGUAUGCAAUUGACUCCGCCACAACAUCAGAAGUGGAUGACGCAAUUGGUGUGCACACCGACCCGUCCACUGGUGAGGAGUACUUUAUGGUGUACGUUUCAGAUGCCACAGUGUACUGUCCGUUUGAUUCCCCGUUGGAGCAGGUGACGGCGCGGCUGCUCACUACAACAACAUACCUCCCUGAAGGUGUUUUCUUUAUGCUGCCGAAGCCUAUUGUGGAGGCGGCGACCCUGCGUGAAGAUCGUCCAUGCCGCACAUUUAACAUUCGAUUCCAGAUCGAUGAGGCAACGGGUGAUGUGAAGAACUAUAGUGUGGGUGUUGGUUGGUUGCGACAGCUCCGCCGCAUCACAUACGAUGCCGUCCAGUCGCUCUACGACGGCGAAACAGAAAAACAUACAGAUGCAACGACAACAACAACAGCAACAUCAUCAUCACCAGCAUGGAUGACAGUAACAGAUAAACAUGCAUUGCAACGUAUAUUUCAGGCAGCGCAGCGUCGGUUUGAAGCGCGACAAUUACGCUCCCGUGAGCGAUUCAUCGACGCCAAUCUCCCCGAACCACUUAUCAAAGUCUCGAAAACGCGUGUUCUCUCAGUGGAGGACCAAAUCAUAGCUACUAAAGAUGCCCGAUUAGCAGUAGCAGAGAUGAUGAUAGCUGCCAACGAGGUGUGUUCACGUGUUGCGCAGGCAAACCAUCUCCCAAUUCCGUACCGUGGUACACGGGAACUUUCAAUGGACCACCAGGUGGCGCAAUCCUACACAGAACCCCAGGGUGUCACUAAAGUGGCCUCUCUUGAUCCCCAUUAUGUAUACUUUGCUGAGGCUAUGCAGCAAGCGGUUCGUCAACUUAGCUCUGUCACACGAGCAGUUUACUUUCACACACCAAUUCAUCACGCUGGACUCGAUACAUACAAUUAUACCCAUAGUACAAGUCCCCUACGACGUUAUGCAGACAUGUUAGUACAUCAUCAACUGAAGGUGUGGCUAUGGCGGAACUCUAGGGGUAGUGGUCGUGUGACAUCUUUGCCUUCUCGAAAAAAAAACUCAUUAGCAAUGAUUGAACAGCCAAUAGCAGAACAUACUAUGGCCACUUUGUGUUCAAUGAUAAGUAGUAAGCAGGAACAGUCAAGCCUCUUGCAAGACAGCAGUCAGCGAUACUGGUUACUAAGAUAUAUUGAGCAGAAUAUUCUUACAAAGAAUCGUGCACAUCGAUUUAUUUCUUUGGUUGGUGAUACACGUGGGGUAGCGAGUGCCCCAGAAUAUACUCGUUUUUUACCUUCUUUUCAUUACAACAAUAAAAAUAACGACAGUAAAAAUCAUAAAUAUAUUGGUAAUAGUACUUUAAUGGAUGGUUUUACUCCAGCUACUGUACCCUUUGCUGGUAGGUGGCAGCAACGAUCUCAUGAAUACCGAUAUGUUUCUGAUAUCUAUAUUCCUGAACUGCAAUUUGUGCAUGUGGUACUGCACAGCUUGCCAAAGGUUGUAAUUGGGGCGGUAGUGGAAUGUGAGGUACUUGAAGUUUGCCCUACACAGGGCCGACUUAUACUGAGAGUUGUGAAGGUGUGGAAAGGCGGAGAUGAGCGCCAGUUUGAAUCACUUUGGAAGAAGGCAAUAUUACCGUCACUGGAUUCGUGA